CACAAUUCUGUGGUAGUGAAUUUGUUGAUAUUUGAGCUUGUUUUCGUGGUUGAAUUGUUGUUGCAAUAAAACAUUCGUUUUAAUUGAAAAUGAAUAAUAUUUUCGAUUGCUGUAAAUACUCAGCGUGAUAUAAAAAUAUCUUGAUGCUUCCAUAAAUUUUCAUGAGACUUAAUAGUGCAUAAUUUCCAACAAUGAGCUUCUCCAGCGACGAAGUGAAUUUUCUAGUUUAUAGAUAUUUACAAGAAUCAGGUUUUACUCAUUCGGCCUAUACAUUUGGGUUAGAGUCACAUAUCUCACAAUCUAAUAUAAAUGGGGCUUUAGUCCCUCCUGCAGCUCUGUUAAGCAUACUGCAAAAAGGUCUUCAGUACACAGAGGCUGAAAUUAGUAUAGCUGAAGAUGGAACGGAACAAAGAUUGACUGAAAGUCUUAGUUUAAUAGAUGCUGUAAUGCCUGAUGUAGUAGCAAGUAGGCAGAAUCAACAAAACCAACAGAAACAAGCUGUGAAAGCUGAAGUUGUUGACACAAAUGGAGAAGAAGCUGCUGCAGUUGUUUCAACUCAAAGUGAAAGCAUGGAGGUUGAUACCUCCAUAGAAAUUCCAGCCUCUAAGGCUACUGUACUCAGGGGCCAUGAAUCAGAAGUUUUCAUAUGUGCCUGGAAUCCCACAACUGAUUUGUUGGCAAGUGGUUCUGGCGAUAGUACAGCCAGAAUCUGGGAUAUGUCCGAUAAUACAACCUGUCCAAACCAGCUUGUUCUCAGGCACUGCAUCCAAAAAGGGGGUACUGAAGUACCAAGUAACAAGGAUGUUACCUCACUGGAUUGGAAUUGUGAUGGCAGUCUUUUGGCAACUGGAAGUUAUGAUGGAUAUGCCAGAAUUUGGACUACUGAUGGUAGACUGGCUAGUACACUAGGUCAACAUAAGGGUCCUAUAUUUGCACUGAAAUGGAACAAACGAGGAAAUUACAUAUUAUCAGCUGGGGUUGAUAAGACAACAAUCAUCUGGGAUGCCGCUAGUGGUUUGUGUACGCAGCAAUUCAGUUAUCAUUCAGCACCUGCAUUAGACGUUGACUGGCAAACAAACAACUCUUUUGCAAGUUGUUCUACUGACCAGUGCAUUCACGUUUGUAAAUUAGGAAUGGACAAACCGAUUAAAUCGUUUCAAGGACACACAAAUGAGGUUAAUGCAAUAAAAUGGGACCCCCAAGGUGUUCUUUUGGCCUCGUGUUCCGACGACAUGACAUUAAAGAUAUGGUCCAUGAAGCAGGAUACUUGCGUACAUGAUUUGCAGGCCCAUUCCAAGGAAAUCUACACGAUUAAGUGGUCACCGACUGGGCCAGGGACUUCGAACCCUAAUAUGAAUCUGAUAUUAGCCUCUGCAAGUUUCGAUUCCACAGUAAGAUUGUGGGAUGUGGAGAAAGGCGCUUGUGUUCACACCUUAACCAAACAUACAGAACCAGUUUAUUCAGUGGCAUUCAGUCCAGAUGGAAAAUUCCUUGCCAGCGGUAGUUUUGACAAGUGCGUGCACAUCUGGUCUACGCAGAGUGGUCAAUUAGUGCACAGCUACAAGGGAACAGGUGGUAUCUUCGAAGUGUGUUGGAAUUCUAGAGGGGAUAAAGUGGGAGCCAGUGCUUCGGAUGGAAGUGUGUUUGUUUUAGAUUUACGAAAGCUAUAAAAAGAACUUUUAGUUUCAAACAUUAAAAUCAAUAUUUUAUUUUGUGAUUAUCUUUAUAUUGUUUUAUGCUAAAUAUAUUUUCAAUAUACAAAAA